UCUUCGGGCAGUAUCUGUCCGGACCACAAAGGAAGCCCAUGUCCGGAACUGCUCAGUAUGGAGCUGGUGGGGGAGGGGAAGGUCGCCUCAAUGCGCAGGUCCGCUGGAUAUUCGGUACCGCGCGACGCUUCGCUUUACGGCAAGGGUGAGAACUUGCGACAUCAUGACGCAAGCAAGUUUUGGCGGGAAAAGCGCUUCAUUUGGAUUCCUGUGGUGGUGCACAAAGGAUAGCCAGGUGAGAAGAAUAGCCAGGACGGUCGGUACGGUGGGAUGGGACAGUGGCGGAGGACGUGGAGGUCUAUAUUGGCUUGGAGGAGCACGAUCUUGCCUCUUACAGCCUAGCCUCUGUGCUUGGUGGAGCCAUGGCAGUGCCCUUUGUGCAGGACUGGGACUUGGUGCAAACCUUGGGAGAAGGCGCCUAUGGAGAAGUUCAGCUUGCUGUGAAUAGGAUAACCGAAGAAGCAGUUGCAGUGAAGAUUGUAGACAUGAAGCGUGCCAUAGAUUGUCCGGAAAAUAUUAAGAAGGAGAUCUGCAUCAAUAAAAUGUUAAAUCAUGAGAAUGUAGUGAAAUUCUAUGGUCAUAGGAGAGAAGGCAAUAUCCAGUAUCUAUUUCUGGAGUACUGUAGUGGAGGAGAACUUUUUGAUAGAAUAGAGCCAGACAUAGGCAUGCCUGAACAAGAUGCACAGAGGUUCUUCCAUCAACUCAUGGCUGGGGUGGUUUAUCUGCAUGAUAUGGGAAUAACUCACAGGGAUAUUAAGCCAGAAAAUCUUCUCUUGGAUGAAAGGGAUAACUUGAAAAUCUCUGACUUUGGUUUGGCUACAGUAUUUCGACAUAAUAACCGUGAACGCUUACUGAACAAGAUGUGUGGUACUUUGCCUUAUGUUGCUCCAGAGCUACUAAAAAGAAAGGAAUUUCAUGCAGAACCAGUUGAUGUUUGGUCCUGUGGAAUAGUACUUACUGCAAUGCUGGCAGGAGAAUUGCCAUGGGACCAGCCUAGUGACAGUUGUCAGGAGUAUUCUGAUUGGAAAGAAAAAAAAACAUACCUCAACCCUUGGAAAAAAAUUGAUUCUGCUCCUCUAGCUCUGCUUCAUAAGAUUCUAGUGGAGAAUCCAUCAUUAAGGAUUACCAUUCCAGACAUCAAAAAAGAUAGAUGGUACAACAAACCACUCAAGAAAGGGGCAAAGAGGCCCCGUGCCACAUCAGGUGGUAUGCCAGAGUCUCCUGGUGGUUUCUCAAAGCACAUUCACUCCAAUUUGGACUUUUCUCCAGUAAAUGGUGCUACUAGUGAAGAACAUGUGCAGUACUCCAGUUCCCAGCCAGAACCACGGACAGGUCUCUCCUUAUGGGACACUAGUCCCUCGUACAUUGACAAACUUGUACAAGGGAUCAGUUUCUCACAACCCACAUGUCCUGAACAUAUGCUUCUAAAUAGUCAGUUUCUUGGCACUCCUGGAUCUUCACAGAACCCCUGGCAGCGCUUGGUCAAAAGAAUGACACGAUUCUUCACUAAACUGGAUGCAGACAAAUCUUACCAAUGCUUGAAAGAGACUUGUGAGAAGCUGGGCUAUCAGUGGAAGAAGAGUUGUAUGAAUCAGGUUACUGUAUCAACAACUGAUAGAAGAAACAAUAAAUUGAUUUUCAAAGUAAAUUUGGUAGAAAUGGAUGAGAAGAUACUGGUUGACUUCCGGCUUUCGAAGGGUGAUGGAUUGGAGUUCAAGAGACACUUCCUAAAGAUUAAAGGGAAGCUCAGUGACGUUGUGAGCAGCCAGAAGGUUUGGUUUCCUGCCACAUGAUCACCCACUACCUCUGGGGAUUCCUUGCUGAUGUAGUGCUGCUACAUUGACAUUAUUCUUCCUAGAGAAGAUCAUCAUAUUCUGCACACUGCAAACAAUAGUCCUGAAGAAUUCUCUUCCUUUUAUCCAAAUACCUUCUAGUGCUUUGUAUGUUUUGCAUACAAAUACCUACAUCUUACUUGUAAGUAAUACUUUGGGGAAGAGAUGGAUCAAAUUCAUUAGGUGCUUCUUCAGCUGUGUUGUCUGAAUUUGAAACUCAUCUGGUGGACACCCAAGUUUUAGGGCACAUGAGCUUGCCAGAUUUUAUAUCAAUGUAAUAUCUCAUUUUUUUAACCAGAACAUUUUGUUUCAUCUAAAACAUUACAUUUCUUCACUGUUUAUUUAACUGUAAGGAUUAAUUAACAAAAGACCUUGUAACUUUUGGAUAGUAGGUUUAUUAAUCUGUGAAAUGGUUCCAGCUUAAAAAAAGUAUUUCCAAGAUCUGUACUCUACUUUCCAUUUUGGUAUGUUUGCCACAGAAUGCUUGACCAAUUAUAUAAAACUGUUUUUGAGUCAUAACGAUUAAAAUUUUUUUUUUUCUGGUAUAGCUAGUGAAAUCUAAAAUGCUGCUUCUUUCAAGAAGUUGAGCAUAAACUGUAAUGCUUAACUGACUUUACACUCUAAAAUUUACUGUUGCACAUUUUCCUAUACUUCCUAUACUCACGACCAAAUUUUAAUUCUUUCUUACAGAAAUAAAUUCUAUUUUGAAAAUAAA